AAUGAAUCCUUCGGGGACCUAUUAAUACAUCAUGACUGGAGCCACAAAAGGGCGCGGGAGUGGUGAGCCAGAACAGCACAGGACAACAUCGUGACGCUGACGGGCAGCGUGGCCCGGAGUAGAGGGCAGAAAGGGCACGGCUUGGGGGCUGAUAAGAAGUGGGGGGUGGACAGGCGGUCCCUCUCCCUUGCUUGAGCCCAUUCCACCGAAGCUUGAGGCCACAGAGAAAACUCCAGCAGAGGACGCAGCCGUCCCGCCCUUUCCUUACCAGCCGCAAGCCCUCCAACCUCCAACCCCCCGGUACGCACGCGCCUGCUCCGCGAGGAAGGGCGCGCGCCGCGGCAGCCCGCAUGCGCAGCCUUGCUGUGGCAGGACGUUCUAAAAGCCUCCAAGAACUGUGCACUUCACAGCUGUGGACCCUGUCUGGCGCCAGGGAGAGCAGAGUGUGGGGAGGACUUGGAGCUCUCAGAGCAGUCCGUCUUUUGUCGGUCCCUUCUAGCAAUGGAGGGAGGCUAUUAGCUUCGCCGACAGCUACGGAGCAGCAGGGUUGGCUCACAGACCUGCCAGAGGGCCCAGCGAGCAGCCCCAUUGCAGAAAUGUACCACUGGGACCAGCCUGGGGAGGGGAGCCUGGAAGUGCUGCCCAGCCAAGAGGAGCAGAUACUCAACUCCACCUUCGAAGCCUGUGACCCCCAGAGGACAGGCAUUGUGGCUGUCACCCGUGUACUAGCCUACUUGGAGACUGUGACAGGACGAGGCUCCCAAGAUGCUCGCCUCCAAACCCUGGCCUGCAGCUUGGACCCCAACGGGGAGGGCCCUCAGGCCACUGUGGACUUGGACACCUUCCUGGUCGUCAUGCGGGACUGGAUUGCCACCUGUCAGCUGGAUGGGGGAUUAGAGCUGGAAGAGGAGGCCACCUUGGAGGAGACCGCCCAGCACCUGCCAUCUGGAUUCCCAGAAGCUGAGGACACAGCCAACCUGGAAAGCUUCGGCGGGGAAGACCCCAGACCUGAGCUGCCUGCCCCAGCCGACCUGCUCAGCAGUCUGGAGGACCUGGAGCUCAGCAACCGCAGGCUGGUUGGGGAGAACGCCAAACUGCAGCGCAGCGUGGAGACGGCCGAGGAGGGGUCGGCGCGUCUCAGGGAGGAGAUUUUGGCCCUGCGCAAGCAGCUUCGCAGUACCCAGCAGGCUCUCCAGCUUGCCAAGGCCAUGGGUGAGGAGCUGGAGGACCUGAAGACUCUGGCCAAGAGCCUGGAGGAACGGAAUCGCAGCCUUCUGGCCCAGGCCCGGCAGUCGGAAAAGGAGCAGCAGCAUCUGGUGGCUGAGAUGGAGACUCUGCAGGAGGAGAACGGGAAGCUACUGGUCCAGCAGGAUGGAGUGAAAAGGAGGAGUGCGGAGCUGGCCACGGAGAAGGAUGCUCUGAAGGUGCCAUCCCUCCCUAGUGCCUUGACAACUUCCCACCACUCGGGGCUAUUUUCCCAUCUCCUGUUUCAGCUGCUCCAGCCUAGUGAGGACAAGGGACUUCCCUCAAACCGGCAGGUUCCCAGGGCCACCAGGCAGCUCUGCCAAAAUCCCUCUCAGUGUAGCCAAUGUCCAGAGAGGCCGCGGAGGCUGAAAAGAGGGGCUCGAAAGAGGAGCUGCCUGGGGAGGGCAGGGCUGCAGGGUAAGUCCCGGGAGACCAGACAGAUGGACAGGCUCCUUCCUUGGCAGCGGGAGCUCUAUGAGUGUGAACGCCUCAUUUGCCAACGAGAUGCUGAUCUCUCUGAGCGCACUCGCCAUGCAGAGAGUCUGGCCAAGACCUUGGAGGAAUACAGAGCGACAAGCCAGGAACUGAGGCUGGAAAUCUCACAUCUGGAGGAGCAGCUGAGUCAGACCCACCAGGGGCCAGAGGAGCCACCCGAAGGGGCCCACAUGAGAAGAGUGGGCUGGACCAGACUGCCGCUCCCAUCACUGGGUGUGGAGAUCAAGGCCAUUCAGCAGAAACAAGAAGUGGCAGCCACCAGUCUCUCCAGUCCUCUGUGUGGCUUUUGGCAGUGGGAGGAGGCCACCGGUGAGACCAAUGCGGAAGCUGAGUUUCCGUCUGAAGCCCCAGCUGGAGCACAGAGAAGCUUCCAGGGAGAGCCAGCGCGCCCUCAAGAAAAAAGGAAGACGCAGUCCAUGUGGUUGCCCAGAAGAGAGGCUGAAGAGGAAGCAGAGAGCCAGUUCACGGCCAAUCUCCCCAUCCCUGUGGGAGACCCCCACACUGGAGACAUCCCAGAGAGCCCUCCUGAGAGCAGCCCUCCUGAGUUGGAAAUGCAACAAGCCCUGGUGCCAGUGGUGAAAAAGCUGGUCCUAGUCAGGAGGCCAGUGUGGGGCCAGCUCUGCCUGCACCCUCUGCGCCCCCAGCAGCUCAGGGUCACUCGGCACCCACGGGUCCCGGCCCCUGUGCUGGGCCUGCUGCUGCUGGCGCUGCUCUCCUUCCUGCUGCUGGGCCAGGCCCCGCCCACCACCUGGCCCCACCUCCAGCUCUGCCAUCUCCAGCCGCCCCCAGUGUGAGCCCUGCCCCCGCCUGCCUGCUCCCAGCAUGUCUAGCUCAGGGAGUUCGGCCAGGCUCUUUCGACUGGCAUUCCCAUUUGCUGGGCCGCUGUCACCUGGAUUUCCCCCAGCACCGGGAGCCCAGAUACAGUACUCCAGGAUCCACACACCUUUACUGAGUUUGUGACGUCUCUUGUUUUUUUAACGUUGGCAACUGCAUUUCUUAAUGAGAGCAAAACAUGCCCAAUAAAGAAUUAAACACUA